AUGUCGCUUGAUUGGAUGGAACAGACGCAGACAAUAAAAGGCUAUCCUAUCCGUCGCGACGCGACAGCGUGGAAGGAGGAUGAUGAGGAGUUUUUUCUCGAUGCCCUCGCCGAGUACGUCGACGAUAUCCCCUCGGAUAUCAUGCAGAUCGAGGUUGGCGAGGAAGGUGAAUUGCUAAAGUCCACGGCUGAUCCAGACAAGCACCCAACCAUUAUACCUUUUUAUCCCUCCCCGUCAGACUACCCAGCCCAAGUGCGACAGGUCAGGCGCGAGCAGCUCGUGGAGCUCCAUCGCAUGGGCGUCCAGGUUGACCUGUGCGAGUACGUCGCCGCGGCUGGCACGGCGCCUAAACAAGUCGCCUUCAAGUACCAUAUCAACGAGGGCAACAUGGGAGUCGUAUGGGAUGAGGCAAACUGUCUUCUUCACAUAUCCAAGCACCCUAACAUCAUCCCAUUCGACAGCCUCGUCGUCGAUCAAGUCGAAGGCCAAGACAAAGUAGUCGGCUUCACGACGCCCUUCGUAGCAGGCGGAACUAUCGAAAGGAAUGUCUCGAGGCCCUUCAAGUUUAACCACCUUAGGCAACUCACCUCGACCAUUGACCACCUCAACCUCACGCUGGGCAUCGCCCACGGCGACACCACGCCAUACAAUCUCCUCAUAGAUCCGAUCACGGACGACCUGAUCAUCUUCGACUUCAACCUCGCCAGCAGGCUGGGUUGGGAGUCCAAGGACCACAGGAGGCAAAGCUACGAGCCGGCCCGCGACGACGUCAAGUUCGCCGCCUUCACCCUCUACGAGAUCAUCACCCGUGACACGCACCUGCGCGACGAGAAUUACCCCCACGAGCUGGACGCCGCCAUGGUCCUCGACACGUCCUCGGGCGGCGCCGCGCCGGCCUGGGACAAGCAUGAGGAUGUCGUGCUCGACGCCCCCGUUGUCGAGUACAGGCGACACCUUGACGAGUGGAUGGCGACUCGCCAGGCCGCCGUGGCUAACCGGGGAAAGGAGGAGCAGGUGCUGACGCGGUGGGACCAGGCCCAUGGCGCGUUCGACUGGCCGCCGCUCACCCGAGAUACCAGAGGUGCCGUUCUGCGGGGCGAUGCUGAAGCGGGCGACGCAGCCGAGGCGGUGGAUGGACCGACGCGGCGCCAAGUUCCCGACAUGGCAGCGGCCGCCGAGCUGUGCGCUGCCUCUCCCUGA